GAAUAAUUUUCCGCAACCUCAUCCCGGGCUAUUGUUGCCUUAUCCAACCAGGAGCGGCAGAAUAGUAUCUGUACUAUACAGUAAAGUAGUAUGAUGCAGUGUUGGGCUGAAAGAGCAUGAAGCAGACCUCGUGAGGUUUGACCAAGUUGGUGGCGGGGCCGGAGGGCCGCAGAGUGUUCGUUGUAAAGACAACGGUAUAUGCAUCCUUAGCCCACGCGAUCCGGCGAACUCGGCAUUGAUAUCAACGACAGACCGAAGUGAUAUUUUCUCCCAUCAAAGUUAAGGUACCUGGUACCUCUUGGUUCCUCUCCAUACAUGUACCUUACAGGCACGACAUCGUGGAAAUUCUUACGGUUGCUUCACAAGAAGGCUUCUAAGUGCAGUAUGUCUUAGCGGGACUCAAGUGCGAUUCACCACAAAAAAUAUGAGGCAUCAUGUCCCCGGCCGUUUGCCUUGAACCAUUCCCAGUGAUUGAAAAUGGGCUGAUAAUUGGUCUGUCGUCGAAUCCAAGUCAUCCAACAACUUGAAUCAAAACCACUUCCUCGUCACAACACGCAGGUAGAGCCAGGUAGCUGACUGACGACCAGAAAUGCAGCUACAAGAGUAAUCAGGUCUUUUCACACCUCACUACUUGUAUCAAACUAAACAUCUUCUUCUCCCUCAUGGAAGCCGCUGCCCGCCGUUCUGGCCGGCAGCGGAAGGCCAACACAAAGUACGCCAACGAUGGCUGGGACAAAGAGACUUUGCGCAUUCUGCGUGCCUCAUCGGAAUCGUCUGGCUCCAGUCCAGACGAAAACCUACAAGCACGGGUUGUCUUUCAAGCCGGGAAAUCAAAUACAGCUUUAUCUGAUGAUGGCCAGGAGUUUCCCCUAGGGCCCACUGACGACGUUUCUGUGGUUCCCGAAGGCUCUGAGUCUUCAGACGUGGCUACCUCGAGCGAAGGUGAGGACGACAUGAGCCUGGCCACAAGCGACGAGGAUCAUCUAGCUCAUAAAAAGCCCCUAAACCAAGUCCGUUGGUCUGACUCGAGCGGCAUCGCUUCGACGCCUCAUUCUCGCGGCCUUGCAACCGGACGGAAACAUGCUUCCAAAAGUGCGGCAUACCCAGAUACGUUUGGACCUGAUGUGGAGGACCUGUCUACCGUGCUCGAUGCUCGGGAUCUUUGGCUGAAGGGUCGUGACGUAACACUCCCCAGCCGCAGGUCGAUAUCUGAUGCCAUCGAGAAGUCCCAGGGACUGCCGUCGACACCUGCUGCCACUGUUGACAAGGCGCCGGAUCCUUCACAUUCCAGGUCAACUAACGGGGCUCCUGUAGACGAUGUGAUCCGUCAGAAUCAGACCCUUCGAGCAAUGGAUGACAAGGAACUUCAAGAGAAAUACAUGCCACGAAAGCCAUACUCUCAUUCGGUCGUGCUCGGCCCUUGGGAUAAGCAGACGAAAUUCGAUCUUCCUCCACGAUGCCCGUUGAGCCUAGGACAAGCCUGGUCAACACAUGCUCCAAAGGAUAUACCCGUGGGAGGCCGGCUCCAAAAUCAGCUCCCAACUCGCCCACCGCAAGAAGGCUGGUUAAUCAAUGUGGGCGAAAAAGUUCAAUGCCUGUCCUGGGCGCUGGCCACUGCCGAACUGCAGUACCUUGCUAUCGUCACGCGGGCUACCCCUGGCCAAAGACUGAGUGUUCCAGGACAUGUUCGCGUUCGACCGGCAUUCCAUCCUUCUCCUCCAUACCCUUCGCACAUUGAGAUAUGGGGGUUUCAAACCCAGGCCAUACCGAACAGCCGCGUUCGCACCUUGUCUUUGGCCGUCCCCCCAAGGUUGGUGAUGGUGGUUGGGACCGAUUACGGCGAUAUUCGGCGCAUUAAGUGGUGUCCGCCAACGCUUUCUGAGAGGGAUGUACAUGUUGACGGUGGGCCAGCUACCGUGAAUCAUCGUCUUGGUAUCGUAUCAACAGAUGGCUUUGCCAGAGUACUGUCACUCUCUUUGCCCCAGCAUAUCAACCAGGACAACAAUCCCAUUGCCGUCAAGGUUGCGCAGGCUGGACUCACAAUGUCGCCUCCGCUUGGUACGGUUUUCACCGCCCUUACCUUUGCGGAUCCCACAACUCUAGUACUGGGAGCCUCUGAUGGCUCGGUCCAGUUGUUCGACUUGGCUACAGUGCAUGAAAAUGGCUUAGCCGCCAGUGGUUAUUUGCGGCAACAGAUACAUAACACAUACAUUACCUCGCUGUGUUCUGCCUGGCCAGGAUCACUCUCCACCUUUAUUGCCAGCAGUUCGGCGGCUGGCGAGCUGGUCCUGACGGAUUUGCGCAACCCCCAGCAAGACAGAGUAUCUGUGGCUCGCGCAUGCUUUCCUCAGUGCGACAUCGUCUUCUCGCCUCACACAAGGUCAUUCAUCACGGGGCUUGAUAGGGUAGGAAACACGCAAGUCGAGGCACACUUGGCGGCCUUCAUCAUUUGCCACAACCUGCGAGAGUUUCAUACCGGACACAGAAUUGCCAGGCUUCCAGAACUGUCGGGUGCAGCAACAGCACUUGCGAACUCGCCAUGUCACCCUUGCAUCCUGAUUGGGACCUCUAAUGGCCAGGUGCUAUCGAGCAACUACUUGCGGAAAGUCCUUCCACACCGAAGAUCGGAUUCUCGAAACGCCACAGGAGCUUACAUGCAGAAGCUUUAUGACUAUGAAUGGCGCCCACUUGCCGCAGGCGAAUCAGACGAUGCACAACCCCCAACGAACCGGGAAGAUGCAGACACCGAUCUCUACCAUGGCGCAGCCGUGAGACCUGGUGUCUCUCGCUUUCAUGAAGGCUUCAAACCCGAGAAAAUCGAAGUUGGGACGGUGCCGUUGGCCAAGAAGAAGCCACAGCACAGGGAGACUGGGAUUGCAGAGCCUAUAUUCGAGGAAGAGCAGAGCGUCACGUCAAUUGACUGUUGUCCCAACCUCGCCUGCGCGGGAAUCGCAGCCAUAGGUUGGGGUAGUGGCAUCGUUCGGGUGCAAGACCUCGCUCACGACCUCGAAUAAGCAGGGGUCGAGGAAUGCCGACAUAGGCUCGAUGCCGCCUGAGGGACGACGAUAAGGUAUUCACAUAAGACUCAUAUCCUGGACUUGUUAGAUGCAUUAACCACGGUGGCGGUCGAGAUCCUCAAUGCACCAAGAGUCUACCAAUGUCUUUUCGUAUUUCCCUUCCCGCUAUACUGAUUCCAGACUACGGUACUAAAACACUGCAGAGAAUGCCCUUAGAAUCAACAAAAACAACUAGAAGUGAGAAGUAGGCUUGAACCAUGUUCGUUCACCUAAUUAACUAUUUGCGAUUCGCAAAUCUUGUCGCUUGCCGAAGAACUAGACUAACCCCUGGCGUGCCAGCGCAUAUGCCUUGACUCUACG